AUGCAAUCGUCCGAUAAUGCAGAACGAAGUGGAGCAGAGAAAAUUUAUUCGGAAAUGGAACUAGCUCGUAAAGCAUCCUUACUAUUCUCGUUAUACUGCACUGCUGAUGCUCCGAUUGAGUCACGAUUGAUGUGUCUUGUGCUUCUUCGACGACUGCUAUCAAGUAAUUGGGAGCAGUUAUGGCAAGAUCUCGGAACAGAACAGAAAAGUUUUACUGAUCAGCUGAUCAAUUCGGUUAUGGCUGAAUCUGACUCGCGAUUGAGGAAGAAAUUGCUUUCAGUUGUUGCAGAAGUUGCUCGUAAUACGGUUGACGAGGACACGGGUAAACAAAAUUGGGCGGAAGUGCUCCAGUUUUUAGAACAUUGUAUGGCUAGUGAAAACAUCACCGAAGUGGAAUUUGUGGCAAUAUUGCUUGAGUCUGUUCCUAAUAUUUUUGGAUCUGAACAGGACGUCUAUAUCCCUCGUAUCAAGGUGUGCCGCUACACGUGCACACAUGAUGAUGGGGACGACACACCAUUACAAUGUCUUUCUGAGUUAGAAGCAGCUGCGCCAAAAAUGGUGAACCCUCAUCUUUCGAACUUUCUCGAAAUGUGCAUUGCGUGCGUUCUCAAUACUGAAAAAGAUGACGCCUACCGCCAUUCAGCAACUGAAGUCCUCGCUACGAUUUGCGAGUAUUCUACGGCUGUAUUGAAAAAGCGUUAUUCGCAGAGCAUCUUCUACAUAUUGAAAGCUGUGCUACUCCUCAUGACUCAUUUAACAAUGGAUCUAAACGAGUGGCUCGAAGUGGAUGAGCUCGAUGCUGAAGAUGAUGAGGAGUCUGUUGCGGUUGGCGAGUCAGCGUUGGAUAGAAUAGCUUGUGCUCUUAAUGGCAAAUACAUCUUGUCAUCGUUUGUUGCCUUGACUGGCAAACUGCGUCAUUCAGAGGAUUGGCAGGAGCGUCACGUUGCUCUAAUGGGUUUCUCAGUCAUUGGAGAAGGUUGUCAACGUGUUAUGGAGCCACAAAUACAAACCAUUGUCAGGGAACUUAUUCCGUUCUUGAAUGAUAAGCAUCCUCGAGUUCGCUACGCUGCUUGUAAUGCUAUUGGGCAAAUGUCCUCUGACUUUGCUCCAGCACUGCAAAAGAAAUGUCAUGAAUGGGUCGUUCCUGCCUUGAUGAAUACCUUGCUCGACAAUACAUGUGAUCGUGUAUCAGCCCAUGCUGCAGCGGCUUUAAUCAACUUCUGUGAAGAUUGUCCAAAGCAAAUCAUAUCGGCCUAUCUUCCUGCCAUUAUGAGUGCAUUGGAGCAGGCAUUGGGAAGCGCUUUUUCGCAUAUGCAGUCUACGGGGAAAAAGCUUCGUUGUGAACAGCUUGUGACUGCCAUAGCGUCUGUAGCCGAUGCUGCACAAGAUCUGUUCAUUGAUUUUUAUGAUAGAAUUGUUCCGAAUUUGAAAUACAUUUUGGUUAAUUCAACAUCUGAUGAUCAUAAGGUUCUCCGUGGAAAGACAUUGGAGUCUCUGUCUUUGAUUGGUGUAGCCGUCGGAAAAGAAAAGUUCCGAGAAGACGCCAUCGCUAUCAUGAAUCUACUGCAAGAAUCAAUGCCAACAUUAACUUCCGAUGAUCCCCAGUGUUCGUACAUGAUUUGUAGCUGGACACGUAUAUGCAAGGUUCUCGGUAAAGAGUUUGCUCCGUACCUACCCAUGGUUAUGGGAGCAGUCUUGCAGACAGCAUCAUAUAAGCCUGAUGUUGCCGUCUUGGAAGAAGAUCAAUGCAACAAGGAUGAUCCGGCAUGGUCCUAUCAUUCCGUCGGUGAUAACAAAAGUUUCGGUAUCCGUACAGCUGGUCUUGAUGAGAAGGCUGAUUCCUGCGCUAUGUUAGUUUGCUAUGCCAGAGAUUUGGAAGAAGAAUUCAUACCCUAUGUUGAUGAAGUGGCAAAAUUGUCUGUCGGAAAUCUGCGGUUCCUGUUUGUGGAUAGUGUUCGAUGUUCAGCAGCCGAAACACUACCGUGGUUGCUGAAAUGUGUCAAGGUUCAGGGUGUGGAUUUCCAGCGCCGUUUGUGGGUGGAAUUUUUGCCUGCCCUCUGUACUGCGUUGGAAACUGAGAACGAAGUGGAAGUAAUCGAAAGUUUGGUCGACUCUCUUGCCGAAUGCGUUCUUCAGCUUGGUGCUGCGGGCCUUACUAAGGAGGACGUGGAAAAAAUUGCUACCGUGAUAUCUGAGCAAAUAAAAGAGCACGAGAAACGUCGACUGGAGGCUGAAGCGGAAGAAUCUGAGGAGGAUGCUGAUGUUGAAGAUCUAAAGGAAAAGCUUAGUGACGAAGCAGAAAUGGAAGGGGAAGUGCUUGCGCGUAUCUCGGACCUGAUCCACAACAUGUUUGAGACAUUUGGUGAUUGUUUCUUCGAUUAUAUGGAGCCGCUUUUGCCUGAAAUUUUACAACUUAUCGAUGUUCGGCGAUCAUAUCCAUCGCGGCAAUAUGGCCUCUGCUAUAUUGAUGAUUGUAUUGAAUUUGCGCCAAAGAGAUGUGCACAAUAUCAAGAUCAGUAUGUUCCUAUAAUGCUCAAAUGCCUUGCUGAUGAGUACCCUGAAGUUCGGCAAGCAGCAGCUUAUGGAUUUGGUAUAAUGGGCAUGAUAGGUGCUACUGAGGAGAGUUCUGGUGCUACAGACAACGGUAUCGCUGCUGUCGCUAAAAUUUUGAAAUAUUCUGGUGCUAAUGUUGAUAUAGCUCAAGUCGUACCUGCGUUUUUGUCAUGGUUGCCGACUCAUGAAGAUGUUACUGAAGCACCGCACAUAUAUGGUUAUCUUGCUGACCUUAUUGAAUCUGAUCAUCCAGUUGUUCUUGGAAAAGAUAACUGCAAUUUACCACGACUAGUCUUUAUCAUUGUAUCCGCUUUUGCAUUGGAAGCUUUUCCUCCAAAUGACGAAGGAACUGCAGUUGCCCAACGGUUGCAGCACAUCCUCAGAGUGUUACAUAACAAUACGGAAGUAUUUGAAGCUGUAGUUCAAGCUGCUCAGCUCGAUGAAAAGAAAACUGAAACUUUGCGUGGCUUAAUUUCAUGA